UAGGCGGUGACGUAUAUUGUGUGGGUUUCGCGCGAAUUCUGUAGUACCAUUUGCUUUCAUUAGUCGGGGACGCCGGUGGUCGUGCUCUGCUGCUGCUACAAAAGAGAAACGAAGAUGCCCAGCACUCGUUCUCAGAGUCAGCCCACCCUGCAGUUCCCCCGCAGGAAGUCUUCCAGGGUGAACUCCACGCCGAAGAAUGUGGCUCAGUCUCCUAACCCUGGCAGCAUAAAACUCAACAGUGCUUUGCAACAGUCACUUCCCUCAAAGGCUACCACUGUGAAAAACAGCAAAAGUGCCCCACAGAGCCCCAGACAAGGCGUUUUGCCCCUUAGUCCUCGGAAACGCACAGGAGACGAAAAUGAGUGCAACCUGCCCUCAAAACUUCAGGGAUCGCCUCCAAAAGUGAUCUGCCGAAGGUUGCCAGCAUCUUCACCCCGCAAACUGGCUUUCGAUGAGAACAGCCCAGUCUGUUCUGUUCAGCACAAAGGUCCAGCUUCCCCCAAGUCCACCCGUUCUGAGCAGGAGACAUUGGACUCCCGCUCGCCCAUAAAGUGUUCUGCGGAGACUCCUGGCAGCACCCGGCCCUGCCCUGGGAAACGCACACCUGUCGUCCGACUCUUUUCCGAAGAAGAGUCUCUCUAUCAGAAUGUGAAACAGGCCCUUCACACAACAGUUCCGGAGUGUUUGCUUUCGCGGGAAGCUGAGCGGGCAUCCAUCCGCUCCUUUUUGGUGGAGCGGGUGUUGAAAGGACUUCCUUCGAGCCUCUAUAUUUCUGGGGCACCGGGCACAGGCAAAACGGCUUGCCUUAACUGUAUACUGGAAGAGAUGGAGAGUGAUCUUCGGGCUGUGCAGACAAUAGUCGUCAACUGCAUGACACUGCGCACUUCCCACUCCAUAUUUCCCCUGCUGUGCAAACGGCUUGGGAUUUCUGCGGAUAACCGAUGUCUAGAAAAGCUUCUAACCAAAGCAGGCCCUACAGUACUUCUGGUCCUAGAUGAAAUGGAUCAGUUGGAUAGCAAAGCUCAGGACGUUCUUUAUUCACUCUUUGAAUGGCCUCACUUGCCUGGAUCUCGCCUCUGUCUCAUUGGUAUUGCCAAUGCGCUGGACCUGACGGAUCGCAUCCUGCCCCGAUUACAGGCUCGACCCAACUGUCGGCCCCAGUUGCUUCACUUCCCACCUUACAGCAGACAGGAGCUCACCGCUAUAGUUCAGGAUAGACUCUCAAAAGUUUCAGGUAACGCUGUCUUAGACACGGCCGCAGUGCAGUUUUGUGCCAGAAAAGUGUCUGCAGUUUCAGGAGAUGCUCGAAAAGCAUUAGACAUCUGUAGGAGGGCUGUGGAGAUGGUGGAGUCUAGGGCCAACAUGUCUAAUCAAUCAUCUGAACAGAGAGAAUUGCGAGUGAGCGUCCCGCAGGUGGCGCAGGUGCUGUCCGAGGUGUACGGGGAUCGGAUGGCUGCAGGAGGAGGGACCGACGAGAGCUUCCCCCUCCAGCAAAAGCUGCUGGUCUGCUGUCUACUGAUGCUGAUACGCCAGGGGAAAAGUCGUGAAGUCCAUCUUGGAAAGCUUCAGGAGGCAUAUAGUCGUCUGUGUACUGAGAAGCAGGUGGUGGGUAUAGGCCAAAGCGAGUGUCUGUCUCUGUGCAGUCUGCUGGAGAGCAGAGGGAUUUUCUCCCUCAAGAAGGCCAAAGAGGCACGCCUCACAAAGGUGUCUCUGAAGGUUGAAGAGAGGGAUGUGGAGAAUGCCCUGAAAGACCGUGCGCUCCUUGGCAGCAUCUUAUCAGCCAGUCUUCCAUGAUUUCUGGACAUGCGUCAGUUUUUGGCUUGAAAUGGAUUUUUUGUGCUUGCUUGAUCUGUGGUUGGUAUUUAGGUGGUAUAUCCUAGCUUACCUUUUAUGCUGAAAUCCAUUGUCUUGAGAGCAUGUUUUGGUUCUUUGGCUGGCCAGUGUUUUAUUGUCACAUCCCAAAUAAAGUUGUACAAUAGUCUGUUUUAACAAUUAGUAUUAAUAUUGCUCCACCAACGACGGACAACUGUGAAAAUCUGACAUGUAUAAAAAUGGCCAUUAAAAUAAGUACACAGUUCGAACAAGAA